AUGGACGGCCGCAAGCGUAGAAGGUCUCCUGAAUCUGACCAUAGCGAUAACGAGAGUGAGGAAGCAGGUUGGGUUUCCUUUGGAGACGAAGAUGAAGUCGAUAUUGCGGAAUCGCUGGUCAAGUUUGCACCAGCGAAGCGACGCAAAGUCUCGAAACCUGCUGGACACGGCGAUGAUGAUGUUGAGAGUGGAGGAGGAGGAGACGAGGAUGAAGACGAGUUUAUUGCGAAUCUUAUGCUGAAGCGCAAUGUCAAGGCAGGCACAGAAGUUGUCAAGAAAGCGAAGGGUAAGAAGGGCAAUAUUGCCAAAGGUGCUGUGGGAGGUGGAAGCUUCCAAAGCAUGGGACUACAACCUCAACUCCUUCGAGCCCUGUUACUUCGCGGCUUCAAUAAACCAACUCCUAUCCAGCGGCUCGCUGUUCCUGCCCUCCUCUCAACUCCUCCCCGAGAUCUAGUUGGGAUGGCUCGAACAGGAUCUGGAAAGACCCUUGCUUACAUGAUUCCCCUCCUUCAGCGUCUGGGCGGGCGACACCAGACCACAUUUGGUGCCCGCGCCUUGGUGUUGAUUCCAACCCGAGAACUUGCCCUUCAGAUUUUGAAGGUUGGGAAAGAUCUUAGCCGGGGCUGGCACUCGGGGGACAAACAAGGGGGAGAGGGGGAUAAAAGUGCCGUCGCAUUGAGGUGGGGCUUAAUUGUUGGUGGAGAGGGAAUGGAUGAGCAGUUUGAAAUGAUCACCAACAACCCAGACGUCAUCAUCGCUACUCCUGGUCGCUUAUUACAUCUCGUGGUUGAGAUGAAUCUCGACUUGAAGUCGAUUAAUUAUGUCGUAUUCGACGAAGCUGACAGGUUAUUUGAACAAGGCUUCGCCACCGCCCUACACGAGAUACUUCAUCGUCUUCCUUCAACUCGGCAAACACUCCUUUUCUCCGCUACUCUCCCCAGCACUCUGGUUGAGUUCACUAAAGCCGGCUUGCAAGAUCCCAAAUUCGUCCGCCUUGACGCAGACAGCAAGCUCAGCAGUGACCUUAGGCUGGCUUUCUUCCGUGUCAGACAGGCGGAGAAAGAUGCUGCUCUGAUGGCACUGUUGAGAGAAGUUAUCAAGGUCCCACUUGGCGAGAACGAAGUGAAGGAGUCGAAAGGCAAAGUCGACCCCAACACAGCGGCCGCACCCAAUCAGACACUGAUCUUCGCCGCAACGAAGCAUCACGUCGAUUACUUGGCCAAUCUCCUGACAGCUGCUGGGUAUUCCGUCUCUCACAUCUACGGCUCCCUCGACCAGGCUGCACGUACUCUGGAGAUGUCCCGCUUCCGCAGGGGACAGACCAACCUGCUUGUCGUCACGGACGUUGCUGCCCGUGGUAUCGAUAUUCCCGUUCUCGAGAACGUGAUCAACUACGACUUCCCUGCCGGAUCGCGUGUGUUCGUACAUCGUGUUGGUCGUACCGCACGUGCAGGACGAAAGGGUUGGGCGUGGUCUUUGAUCGCCAGCACGGAUCUUCCCUAUCUCCUUGACCUCCAGCUGUUCCUGGGUCGUCCUCUCAAAGGGACGGCUGUGGGAGAAGGUACCUACACUACGUCAUUGAUAUACGGAACCGUACCACGCGAUGUUCUUGACGACGAAAUUGAGAACAUCAGAAGGCUCGAAGCUGAUCGCCAUGUUCACCUGCCUGGUCUGCGAGAAGUGAUGCGCCGAGGUCAUGGCAUGUACGAACGGACGAAAGCGAAAGCAAACCACUCGAGCUACGAGCGUGCAAAACAGCUCGUUAAAUCGGAAGGAGAGGGGAGGAUUCAUCCGAUUUUCGGACGUCCCGAACAGCAUGAAGCCAGCACAAGCAAGGCUGCGCUCCUAAUGGCCAUCGAUUCUUUCAAGCCGCAAGAAACCGUAUUCGAGAUCGGCAGUAGGGGUAAGACGGCCGGUGCGACCGUCAUGAAGGACAGAAGGACCGCCCUAUCGAAAGCGCGGCAAAGAGUUUCCGAGAUCUCAACUGGUAAGGACGAGGAGGACCAGGGGGAUGAAAAUUCUGGCGAUGGCGAUGGCGAUGACACUCUACAAGACGACGACGAGGAACCGAAUUUGGCUGGACCAAGUCAAGGAAAGUUCCAGGAUUCUGAGUUCUAUAUGUCAUACUACCAGAAGGAUGCUGUAACAGAAAAGGGUUAUUCUCUGAGGGAUGGUGCUUCUUUCUUAGAGCAAGCCAGAACUGCAACCUUUGAUCUCACGAACGACGACGCGUUAACCGACCGUCAGCGUCAUGGUUCACAACUCAAGUGGGAUCGUAAAAAGAAGAAAUUUGUUAAGGGCACUGGCGAGGGUGCUGACAACCAAAAGAUCCUCAAGACAGAAAGUGGUGCUCGGCUGCCUAUAACGUACCGGAGCGGUCGAUUUGACGAAUGGAAGACAAAGACUAAAACAAGCUUGCCUCGUAUCGGCGAGGCUGAAUCAGAGAACGCCAGGAGAGCAACAGGAACAGGCUCAUCAGGCGCGAAGAAAUUCAAGCAUCACAAGAUUACAGAAGCCAAGUCUUUGGAUCCCAAGCAUAUCAACUACGAGCGGAAGCUUCGACAAGCAAAGAAGAGAGAUAGUGGACCAUCUGAAGCACCCGAUUCCACGCCAUCCGAUAGGAAGGGAGGGAAGCCUGGCAAGACCACUCGCUUCAAAGGGAAGCCUAUUGGAAGAGUCAAAAACGAACUCAAGUCGGCUCAGCAAAUCCGGCAAGACCGCCAAGGUGCUGCUCGCAGAAAGGCGAGGAACGCCCGUCCGAGUCGCAAGGGCAAGCAUUAG